AUGGGUGCAACUACAACAGAAAUUCUCUACGCGUUGACAGUAGCCACCGCUUCAACUAGACCAGCACCUGAAGAUGCUGCCCAAAAGAGUCAUCAUGGUAAAUCGGGAUUUAGAAAUCCCUGGGACUCAUGGCGAGAUGUCGGGCUUAAAAAUGUUGCAGAGGUUAUGAAGCGUCGCUUCAAUGGAAAAGGCAAUAUUCCCGAUACCAGUGGUCCCACGGUUCCUGUUCGCAAACCCGAAUUCCUUCCUACCCGCGAAACUCCCCAAUUACGAGCAACUUGGCUGGGCCAUGCUGCAUACUAUGUUGAAUUUCCCGGCGGCCUACGCGUCCUCUUCGACCCGGUUCUCGAGGAACACUGUGGACCAUACAACUUACUAGGACCCAAACGCUUUACAGACGCGCCAUGUCAACCAAAAGAUUUCCCGUUUAUCGAUGCUGUUUUCAUUUCUCACAACCACUACGAUCACCUGUCCUACCAUACCGUUAGCGCAAUUGCCAAGUUACAUCCCAACUGCCAUUUCUUCGUCCCGCUUGGGAAUAAAUCCUGGUUUGAAAAAUGUGGAUUUCACAAGGUUACCGAAUUGGACUGGUGGGAGGAGCGCGAUAUCACAUUAUCACCGUCAACCCAGACGGAAGCGAAGGUUGAGGCCGUGGGUGAAGGAGAUAUGAAGAGCGCGGAUAUUACAGCCCGCAUUGGCUCUUUACCUUGUCAGCAUGUCAGCGCGCGGGGUAUUCAUGACCGAAAUAAAACAUUGUGGUGCUCGUGGGCACUCGAAUCGGGAGGGAAGAAAGUAUACUUCGCAGGAGACACCGGAUACCGUCCAGUUACUGAAGUCCCCGAAGGAGAGGAUGACCAUGAUCCCAAAUAUGAUUUCCCUGUUUGCCCUGCUUUCAAGCAGGUGGGCGAGUUCCGGGGUCCCUUCGACCUUGGAUUGAUCCCAAUUGGUGCAUACGCCCCUCGUCAUGUAUGGAGUCCUGUUCAUGGUGACCCUCACGAUGCUGUCUCGAUGUUUCAAGAUACUAAAUGCAAGAAUGCAUUGGGAAUUCACUGGGGCACUUGGGUUCUGACCGAGGAAGAUGUACUUGAGCCCCCAGAGAAGUUGAAGACCGCUCUGAAGAAGUUUGGCCUUCCUGAAACAGGAGUUUUUGAUGUGGUCGAGAUUGGAGAAAGCCGGGUAUACUAA